GCCGCUGCGGCGUAGCUGUAGCGCGCGGCACUUGCGCCGCCGGCAAAUCUGCGAAAUCCAAUCGAGCCGAUGACCGCGCGCGCUAACUAAACCGUUCGCAGUCGCGCAUUUUGCAGCCAGUCGUCGGGCGUUUUUCGCGGUCCCGGAUCUAGUCGAUACACAUACACACAGUAUACACCCUGAUUAACAAUAAUUACGACGAUACUAACAAUAAUAUUACGUUUGCGAAAAUAUUCGUUUAGAGUUGCGUUCUUUUUUGUUCGAGUUUGGUUGUUUUAUUUCUAUCCAAUUUUCUCUGGAUUAUUUCGGGGAAAUUUAUUUAACUCAAGUACUUCAGUGCUCGCAAAUGUUAACGUCGCUAAUCCGGUAAGUGCCUAUACAUACGUAUACCUACCUAUAGCUAUAAUAUUUAUAUUAUAUACUUGAAUUUUAUAUAGAUUACUAAUUUCCGUACAAAAAAAAAAAAAAAAAAUGUCAGUAGGUUUUAUUACUAAAGUGCAUAGUAAAAUCAUAUUGGUUUUUGAUUUUAAUCUACGGCGAAACUACGAAUAUAAUGUCUGUAAUAAUAUUAUAUUAUUGUGUUUUCUUUUCGGGUUUAAUAUUAGUUAUAGGCGUUAAUAAUUUGUUUGAAAACAAAAUUAUCUACCUACCUAUACCUCCUCGUUGUUAUAAUUUAAUUUGUAAGUACGUUUUUUUUUUUAUGAAUUAUAAAUUAAUUUUCAAAAUUAUAUUUUAUUAUAUAAUACCUAAACAUAUACAUAAAAAAUAGAUACAUUUAAAUAGUAUUUAAUUCGAUUUUUUUUUAUAGUAUAAUAUUUUAUGUUAUCAACAUCUAGUGGUUAAUAUUGGUUUUAGCUUUGUAGGUAGCGUAAAUUAUUUAUAUAUCUAAUCUAUAAAAAAAUAUUACCUAGCUAUUAAUUACCUAUAUAAGUGGUUGGGUACAUGUUUAUUUCAUGGUAUGUCUACCUGUUUUUAUUUAUUUACUUUUUUGAAAAAAAUAAAUAAAUACAAUAAUUACAUUAUCAUUCGCUGAAAAAGUAGGUAUAUUAUACAUGGUAUACUGAACGAUAGAUAAUAAUAAUAAUAAUAAUAGUGAAAAUAUGUCUUGAAAAAUGUUUAUUAUUUGUUUUUAAUCGCGACUGUUUUAAUUUAUGUUAAAAAAAAUUAUAUGGAAUAUAUAUUAUAUUGUAGAUAUAUACUCAUUGUUAUAUCGCUGUUCAGUAGUAUAUUUUGUUUCGAGGUUAAUUUAGGUUAAACGCCUUUUAAGUCGUUAAUAGAUGAAAAACUAUAGGCGAAUGUGCGUAGAGCCGCUACGAUAUUCAUUUUAGGUUCAUUCAACUCGAUUUUUUCGGUCAUUACUCUAUUACCUAAUCAUACAUAAAGAUAAAACGCGCAUAUACCUACCUAUAGUGUUAACUAUGUACAGAUAAUAGACAGAUACAUAGAUUCGGAAGUUAUACUUAUACUUAUUAUUUACUAUAUAGGUAUUAUACUGUUAUAAACGGGGAACAUAUUUUAUAAAGUUGCUAGAAAGAAAAACAUUAGUUUUGCCCACAAUUUUCAAUAACACGCGAAAUUUAUUCUACAGUAUAUGCAUAUGUACUAUUAUUAUCGAUACCUGUAAUAAUAUACAGUAUACACGCUAUAUUAUAAUCGGUAAAAUAAAAAUUCGCGAAUUAUAUCUAGGUACACAGAACCGAAUCGAAAACUUUCAAUAUUUUUUUUUUUAUUUUUUUUUUUAUUUUUGUUUUUUGUUUUUUGUUUUUUUUUAUAUAUAUACAUUAUACAGUUAUGAAGGAACAUCGAACCAAAGGACUUAGAGUCACGACUACAGAAAACAUAACUAGGUGAGUGAGUUAUAAUAAAAUACAUAUAAUAUUUUAUAGUUUUCUUAAAUAUUAUAUUAUUUAAAGCUGGGGGGAGGGUGGCGGUAAUAAUAUUAAAUGUAUUGGUAUUUACAGAAUAUUAUAAUAAUAUUAUACUAGCGAAAUCGUAUGCGACAUAUCUUAAACACCACUUGUUUAUUAUUAUUGUAAUAACAAUAUUAUAAUAUAGAGAAAUGGAAAAUAGCUAUAAUAGCAGUAGUGGUUAGUAGUAUGAAUAUAUUGUUGUUGUAGUAUUAUAGCUAGGUGGAAUAAUAUUAUUCGUUAUAAUAAUAUUGAUUGUAUUGUAAUAAUAUUAUUUAUUGUCUUGCAGCUGGCUUCUGCGGGUAAACUUUCUCGCGUUGUAUUUUAUAAAACAAAAUAACAUUAUUAUAGGUACCGCUGCGCACUCGAUCGAUGCGUAGGUACAAAAGGAAAUCUCUCCGGGGUGGUUUUUCGUAGUUGCUUUUUUUUUCCCCUAGGGGUUAUUUUCGCGACCGUUAUGCGAGUAACUUUGUUUAAUAAUUUCACGAAAUACAUUGCGAAUUUGAAGCUGCGCAGUUGUAGUCGUGUACGACGUAUAUUAUAUCGAUACGGGGCGGGGGGAGGGGAGUAGUAACAGCACCGCCCGGUGAACAGCAGCAGCUGCUGCUGUAACAGUAGUAUGUCACGUAAUGAUCGCCAGAUCGCGUAAAAUAUACCCGUCGUACAAGAAAAUAUAGUAUUUAAUGAUCGUCGCGUACCUUGGUGUAAGAAUAAUAUGCUUAAUAGAUACGUUUUGUCGCCGAAAGCAACGGCCGACCGAGGGGGCGACGACAUUGUCGGUGGCGGAAACGUCACCACUGAGGAAAGCGCCGUUACCGGAACAGGUAGUACGGGAACAGGUUAAUCGCACCGUCGUCGUGUAAUAAUAAUAAUAGUACAACAAUUGCUCAUAAGCCUUCAAUUCCGAUAACGCAGCCAUCCUCCCUCACACCCCUUCCCUACGCCGCUAUGUUGUAGUCUCGGAUCGUACCGCCCCGCCGCCGUUCUAGAAACUGGUGCUGGUGCGUCUGUGAGACAUUGAUCGUAUCCCCGUGUCGCGUCGUGCCCGCUCCCGCCACCGCUCGACGCUGCUCUACCGGUCUAUCGCACUCUUUAUGCUCUGUCCCUCUCUCUCUCUUUCUCCCUACCACUACUACUAUUACUGCUAUUACUACCACUACUACUUCUCUUCGUUUCUUUCUCGUUGUUUUGCGCCAUUCGCUCGCUCGAGUAUAAUAUUAUAACGGAUCGGCCAACGCGCUUCGAGUACAGUUAUCGCAAACAGAUUCAUCGUUCGUCCACCGCGGCACGGGUUCAUCAAUCUAUAUGACCGACGACCGUUCAUCUUUUUUUUUUGCCAUACACUUCGCAUCAAACGAUAUUAUUGACGUUUUUCUUUCCACAAUUUGUCUACAACACAUUGGUUAGGUAUACUCGCCUAUUGUGUACGGUUUUUUUAGGAAAUUUAACACAUUAAAUAUAUACUAUUUUUUACUUCUAAACCGCAAACGUAGAUAAAGAAUUAUUUUUUCGCGUAAAGUGAAAUCGACAAUCGUACAAUCGAUACUUUCGCAUCAUCUCAAACUACCGAUAUAUUUCCAAGACUCCCUCGUAUAACUUGAUAAUAUACUUAUAAAUUAUUAUAUAUUUAUACGGUUGGUAAAUUGUACAUUUAAUUUUUUGAACCCAACCACAAGAGCACAUACUCAAAGUAUUGAACAUUUUUGGUAGCUGGAAAAAUAGCGAAAUAAAAAAACAGAGGGGAAUAGCUUGUCAUCAUUUAGACUCGUAUUUAACUGAAUUUCUUUGAUGACAACAUUUUACGAAUUAUCCAUUAUUAAGGAUUCUUUUGAAUAUUGAGGCUUACUUUCUUUUAAAAGUGUCCAAUAAUCUAUAAUUAUGAACAUUAACAUGCGCACCCAUUCAAAGUUGAUAACAUAACUAUAAAAAUAAUAAAAUAAAAAUGUAAUGUCAAGUAGAAAACGAACUCUAUUCAGAAUCUUUAAUAUUUAUAUAGACAAUAGAAAUGCGUAACUAUAGGUACCUAAUAAUAAAAUUGAAUUCGAUUUAUGAUUUAUGCAUAGGUAGGUAUAAUAUAUAAAAAUAAUAUUUUUAGACAUUUUAUUAAAAAUUAUAAUUUGAUCACAUGUCGAGUAUAUAUAGGUACAGUUCAAAUAAAUGAUAUUUCAUAUAAUUAUGCAAACGUACGAAUUAUAAUAUAUAAAUAAAAUAUUAAACAGCGUACCAAUUUUUAAAAAUUAUUCAUGUAGACCGGGUGAAAAUUAAUUUUACAGUGAUUUGAUUUUGCUUUAUUCGGUUCACACAUUUCGUACGCUGUAAAUUAAAAAUAUUACGUAUAGAUAGAUGUAUAAGUUUUUACUGAAUGUCUGGUUACGACAACAUAUCAUUAGCUUUGUACAGUGUACAUUGUACAUGGAUGAUAAUUUAGACAAAUUAUAGGUAGAUUUUUUUUAACAUUUUUUAGUUCAAUGUCCUGCAAAUUGUAAACAAUAUUGUAAUCAUGGUGAGUAUACGACUAUAGCAAAAGCAAUACCUCGAUUAGGAUUAAAUUCAAAUUCCGAACUUUAUUCGUGAGUUUAAUUUUUUAAUUAAUAUUAUAAUUAAUUAAAUGAUAAAAUUAUAUUUAAUAAAUUAUAUUUGAAUUAUUGGUAUUAUAUUUAGGUAGGUCGUCAAAAUACAAAUAUAUUUUUUCCUUUUAAACUCUAACUAUAAUAUUAGGUUCAUUUAUUUUAAUAUACGAGUAUAUCUAUUUAACAACGCUACAGUCGUCAACAAUCCCACGCGAUUUCACAUUCUUUGGAGCCUAGCCUUAUUUAUACAAUGAAUACUUCUUCAGAAUUCAUAUUUUAGUACAUAUAUAAUUUAUACUUACAAUAGCUGAUAUAUUUAGUGUAUAAUGAUAAAAAAUAAAAAGUCUACCCAUGUUUUAUUUUUGUCAAUAGUUUCAGUCUUUGUUUACAAAAUAUUUAUCAACAAAUAUCUUAUGUUAUAAAUGCAUAUUAUGUAUUUUUCAAAGUUAAAAUUUAUUAUUAAUCAUUAAUUAUCCGGAAGAAUAAUACAACAAAAAAUACACGCCGACUAAAAUUUCCUACUUGAAAAUACUAUACAUAAAAUAUAUUAUAUUAUUAAAUAAAAAUAAUACAUUUUUAUAUAGUAUUAGUUAAGUAUAAUUCAAUUACUUACUUUACAUUUUCCUUAAUAACAUAAUAUUGCAUACCUACUAUAUAUAUAUUUGUUUCAUGUGUCCUUAUCGAUUUUAAAUUUUAUUUCUCAAUAAAUCGAAAAUGGCUCACACUCAAAAUUAAUUUGGAGAAGAAAAUAGAGUGAUACCUACUACCUAUAUCAAUAUAUACCAUCCACCAAAUGGCCCUGAAUAACCAUUAGCUUAGCAGGUAUCAAUAAUAUUAAUUUAUACAAUUUGCAUGGUUUCUAACAUAAUUUUAUGUAUAAGAGUAUAAUGUAAACCAUCACACCUAACCUAACCUAACUACCACCCUCCUAAAAUUUUGUGGCUGCUACUCCAGCACCCUUUAGCAUAUGUAACUGGGCUUAUGCAACUAUAAUAUUAUAGGUUGUAUAUAGGUUACUUAGUGUAAUUUUUUUCAAUGAUAUUAAACAUAUGUGUAAAAAAUAACAUAAUCAAUAUAUCUUUGGUUUUUGGGAAAGAUUUAAAUCGAUUAUGGAUAAUUUGUGUUAUAAAAAACAAAAAAACGAAAUAGUUUUUAUAAUAAAUUCACUGAUUCCAUUUAAAACAAAAGAUACUUAGAAAAUUCAAAAAUUUACUUUUGUUCUUCUUCCUUGGGACCAAGGAUAUAGGUAUGUAAGUAUUAAAAGUAGGUAUUACAAUUAUACGAACUAUACACUUAUAUUAUACAUGAAAUAUCAUAUGAUAACGUAGAUAACUAAUUGAAUGUGUAAUAAUAUGCUUUUAAUAUUUUAGUGGACAGAUUAUUCAUUGCAGUUUCCCGAGAAUUUGGCGAUUUUUCCGGUCUUCGGAACCUAUAGAAUAUCUUAUCGGCAUCAUGAGUCAGAAUAUUUUAUAUAUAUACUAGCUAAAAAAAACUUGAUAAAUCAUAAUAUUAAUAUUAUUAUUGUGUACAGGUGUACUACAACAGUACAGUUUAAAAUGUUUAGUGAAUUCGCAACACUUGGAUCAUAUAAUAAUAUUUAUUACUAUCGUUUCCUGUUAUAUAAUUCAUAAGUAUAUAAUUUUUAAUUUAUUAAAUUUUCCAUAUUGAUUUGCGGUAAUAAUAAUAAAAAAAAACCGAAUUUCAUUGAUUUGUAUUAUUUUUUAUAGCAUUAUAUCCAUUAUACAAAAUAAAAAUAUGAUUACAUUUAUUUACAGAGUUAUGCGAUCAAAUAUUAGUUAUUGAAAAGAAAUAAUAAUUAUUCCUAAUUUACCUACUAUAUAUAUAUUAAGAAUUAUUUUCUGGAAAUUUUAAAUAUUUUAAAUAUUGCAAAACGUCGAUUUUCAGAUAUUAAAAAAAUAUAUAUAAUAAAGUAUAUACGUACCUAUACCCACAAAAAUAUAAUUUUAGAUUCUGAAAAAACGAGGAAUGUAUUGGUUUUACUACGAUGAGUCUCUUUUUAAAUUGUUUGUUUCUGUAAACAACUUUUCUAUCGGGAACCUUACCCAAUCAAAAUCUUUAUAAGAAUUUCCAUGUAGCAUUUUGCGUACAGAUACGAAUUGAACUUUCUUUAAUUAUAUAUAUAAAUCCCUCCCUUCCAACUUCUAUCCUAAAACAGUGGCACAUCUAUAAGCAGUAUCAGUCUUUAUUUUUAUGUCAACGGGGUGUUUUUAUUAAACAAGUUGUCCGAUAAAAUAAUAUUUUGUAUUUUAUUGUACAUAAAAUAUUUUCUUGUCCGUUUUACUCAUAUAAUAGAUACGUACUGCUCAUACAGGUAUGUAUAGCUAGAUACUACCUGCACAUUAACUAUAAUGAUACAUACAUAUUGCAAGCGGUCCGUUUAACGAUAGGGUCAAAAGCCUCAUAAUGUUACCUUUUUUUAUAUAUAUAUAUAUAUAUAACUACAUUGUACCUGAUUUAUUACGUUACGUCAAUAUUAUUCGUUGGAAUUCAUAUAAUUCAUUAUAUGCUUUAUUGGUAUAUUAUUAUUUAUAAUCAUAUAUACCUAACAUAUUGAAAAGCAUCGCUGUAUGUACGAAGAUAUAAGGUCUAAUUAUAUUUUAAGAGAUAUUAUUUUUUUGUAUUUGCUGAUUCGGGUUUAAAUUCAAGUGUUUUUUUUUUCUAAGUUUCAUUUAUUUUAAAUGUUAGUAUUUAAGUGGAGCGAAAAAUCUUUACCCCUACUCUAUAUGCCUUAAAUAAUUAGAUAAUUUUUAUACAACCUUCAAAUCAAGUAUGUACUUAUUUUUGAAGUUUAUGGAGUAAGGGAAAACAAUUCUAAAUGGUUUUAAAAUAAAGAUUAGACGACUUCAUAAUGAUUAGAAAAAACAGAAAUCAAAUUCACUUAAAAUCCUCUUAAAAAAUUGCUGGUUCUUGAUAAAAAAAAUAACCCUAUGUAUAUCAAACUUCCCACUUCUAUAGUGGCUUUUUAUCUACUGUUCGAAGUAUGUCCAGACUUUUAUUCUUUGUACUAAAAUUAUAAAAUUAUUACUACAAUUUUUUAACUCUUAAAUACUUUUCUAAAUCUGGAAUUAUAUAAUUUUAUUAAAAAUUCGUUUACACUUCUGUGCAAAUACCAGAAGAAAACAUUCAAAGUAUAUAUACUUGAAUAGACUAUAAGUCAUUUUUUUCAAUUAAAAAUAUUAUGUUUAUUUAUUUUAUAUCAUUAUUUAUGUAUUAAGAUUAUUAUUAUUGUUAUUAUUUUUCGUUAAUGCAUGUUAAUACCAUAUGAAUAAGUUAUUUAUAACUUGUUAUUAAGUUUUAGUUUUAAUUUCAAUAAAAGUUUACCAUUGCCGAUGGUCAUAUGAAAUUUAAAAAAAACUAAUAUUUUAAUCAGGCACUGUUGAUUCGUUAUUAGUUAUUAGUUAAUUCAUAAUAUUAUUGUCGUUUUUACUUUAUUUUUUUCUAAGUAGGUAUCAAAGUCAUCAUAAAUUUGACUACAUUUUAGAUUCUGAGUAGAGCGAGGAAUGUAUUGGUUUUACAAUGAUGUUCAUAUAAAUAGGAAAAACCGGAGAAAAAAAAGAGAAAAUAUACGAAAUUUAUUCGUAAAAUGUUAGGAUUUUUUUUCUGAGGAGAACUUUUUAUCAGCAAUUUUGCUUGGAUUUACAAUAAUAGCACUUUUUCUGAAAGUAAAUAUCACUGGGGUGGUACUUUAGGAAGGUAAUUUUUUGAUUUUCCCAAGAGUUUUCCCAAUAAAUGGGAAAAACCAGGAAAAUAGGUUGGAAAACUGAGUAAAUAGGUACAAUAUUAAACAAAUAUUAUUAAAUAAUACAGUAAAAACAAAAUUAUUAAAAUGUUUAAUACUCGUGAAUAAAUACAGUAAAUAAAUAUAAUAAAUUAAUGUAUAUAUAAAAAUAAAACAAAUAAAUGAAGCAAUACGUCGCCUGGAGCCAGCAGUCGCGUUUUACAUUUUGACUGUGAUAUACCUGAUGAUGAAUUUUUAAUUCGAAACCGAUUCUAUAAUACACUUAUCAUAGUACUUCAGGCAACGCAUUGAUUCAUUUAUUUGUUUUAUUUUUAUAUAUACAUUUUUUUUUAUUUAUAUAUUUAUUAACUAUAAAUAUUAUUAAAAAAAGUCUAUAAUGCAUAUUAAAUUAUUUUACCAUAAUAUGAUAUAUUUAUUGUUGACAAAGCAACACCGAAUUCCGCUCAGAAUCGUUUUUUCAUUCGCAAUGGUUAAUUGUUGCGUAUACAGAUGUGUAUUAAAUUUCCCCUCUAUUACCUUCCCAACUUCUUGCCUACAUCAGUGGCCCAUCCACGUACGAAGUAUGUCCGUUUUUCUUAACAAUAUUUUUAUAUAUAUAUACAUAUACCAUAAACUAAACUAGUAGGAGAGUAGGUAGAUACUGCAGUAAUAAGGGAUACGUUUUAUUUUUCAAUUCAGUUUUGAUCUAUCAUGUGGUAUUGUGACAACCGCUACAUUUUAAAAGGAAACGUACAAGUCCCAUAAACAGACCGAUGACGAUCCUUUAGCGAAUUACAGUACCUACUAUCUGUAUUUUUAGUUUUUUCAUAUACGAUAUUUCUUUACCUGACUCUUCCCAUUGCUGACAAUGUCUCAAGAAGUUGUCAACCCGGAUAUGGUUUUUAUUAAUAAAUUCUUUAGGUUUUUAUUUUUAUUGACUUGUACAUGAAAAAAGAAAAAUGAAGAAUGAAAAAACACUCUUCUGACUAAACGUAUAUAUAUAUAAAAAAAAACAAAGCGACCAUUGACGCGAUGAGGGCAAUAAUAAUAUUAUAGUAACGGAACACAGAGGCAGAUCAUUGACCCGCGGUAUGGGUACUUGGCGUGGUCGGUCACAGUACUCCACUCCUAAACAAAAUUACGAUUUUGCACAGAUAAACCGUAUAACUUUCAUCUCAUUUCCUAUAUGUACACAUUGAGUUGGGGUAAUUUGAAAUUAAGUUCCAAUAUCAUUAUUAUUUUUUGAUAUGUAACACAUCGCAACUGUGGUUUCGAAUCGAUAUUAAUCACAAAACCCACAAAAAAUGAACAUUUUUCAUUUCGAGUUCCAAAAAUUAUAAAUUAUUAUUAUAAAACUAUAGAAAAACAGCGGAGGUUACACCUACGACAAAACUAACGAACUUCUAUUGUUGUCUAUCUGUUCUAUAUGUAUUCACUCAAGUUUAUUAUAUAUUUAGAUUAUAAUUUGUUAUUUUGUUCCAUUCAACUUUGAAAGUAUUAAUUAUUUUUAUUGGCGUCCCGACGCGUCCAUUGUGUGCUUCGAAAAACGUCAUAACCUAACCUAACCGUCAAUGUUAAUUUAUAUUUUAUCCAUGCAAAAUGAUUUUCACAUAAUAUGCUUGAUUUGUAUUAAUAUCUGUUAUAACAGUCGAAUGAAACUUUGUGUAAACAUUUAUAGAUAUCACCCAAUCGGAAAUGAAAAUAGUAUAUUGUAAAACAUAAUUUUAUUUUUCUCGUAAAUUAUUCUCGUAAAUUUAAUUAGAUACUAGAAAUAACACGUGUUUUACAAAAUAUUUGUACGGUAGUAGCGAUGAUUUAUUUUGUACAUUUAAAUUUAAAAAUAUUAUUGGUAGCGUGAGAAAGUUGAUAAUAUUGUAUUAUAUUACAUAAAACAUAGUAUUGUAAAAUAUGUCAAGGCCCCGCCUAGAAAAAAGUUCAUUAACCACUACUGUACGUCUAAUUAAAAAACAGUAUUUUUAUUUAUAUUCAAUAAGUUAUAAUAUUAUAAUUUAUAAAUAAUACAUGAUAUGUACGUAAAAUUAUUACUCCUUAUACCAUUUACUAUAAAUCAUUAUAUUAUUAUUGUAUUGACGUAAAUAAUAUUAAUAAUAAUUUAUAAUUAUAAAUUAUUUAUUAUUCAAAAAACACAAUUUUAGUAAAAUUAAUUGUAUUUUUAAAUCUGGUAAAAACAUUCAAACUUUAAUUAAAAGAUAUAUACUUUACAUUUCAAUAUUUCUCGGGCAACAAAUAAUGAAUGAUUUAUUAAACUAUGUUACUUACAUUAUUUGUUUUGAUAAUAUAUACAUAGGAAAAUACAAAAUUUCUUGCAUAUGCCCAUCAUAAAUAAGGAAAUUUAAUACAUUUUUUAAAAUAACCGAAUGUAAUAAAUGUUUAACAUUUUCACUGGUUAAGAACAAAAAUAAUUUUGUCAAUUUAUAAAAAACCGAGAUAUAUAUAAAUCAAUCGAGCUAAUAUCUAGCUCUUGCUACACAUAUUCGACAAAAACAAUAACAUAUUGCAAUCUAUAUAAAAUUAUUCUGACGUAGUUUAACCUUGGCUAUCGUUUUGUCACUGUUAUGAUAUUUGGGGGGAGGGGGUAAAAUGUAAUCACUUUACAAUUUAAUUAAGCUUAGAAUCAUGUGGGUGAAUGUCCUAACCAAUUAUAAUUGCAAUUGUAAACCGUCCCUCUAUUCAUGCGUAUAUUAUUAUUAGAUAUACCUAUAUGUUGUUGAUUUUCCUCAAUUCCGCGCGACCUCGAUCAUAAAAUCUCGGUUUAGUUUGUAAUUAUCGGACACAUUUAAUGCAUAUUAGGACUGCCGAUUUUUUUUUUAUUUGCUUUUUUUCGGCGUUAACAUGGGUGUGCCUAAAAAGAUUAACGGCCGAUCGCGGUGUGCGUUGACCCCGACGACGACGAUGGUGGCCAAAUCCAAUACGCUUAUAAUAAUAUUUUAUAUUAUCUACUUAGGUAUAGAUUCCGCGACCCGUGAAGGGAAACCUGUUGAAAUGCGCGAUCGAUGGAGUAAAAACUCGAUGAAACCCAAACGACAAUAUUGCCACAACGCCUCUCUCUGUAUAACAAUAUUAUGUGUACAUUUUCGUUGUUAAUAUCUUCUGUAUCCGAUAUGCUUGUUUGAGGGGUCACUGUAAAACUCAGCAAGUCAUUCCGUGUAUACACCAUAAUAUGUAUUAUACAGCAAAAUGCAGAGGCGGAUUGAAUAUAGUUUUGGUGGUUCACUGAACCGCCAAAAAUUUGAGGCGUGGGCAUGUGCCGCAAUUAGUUCAUAAACUUUGAAGUAGGGGGGAUCUUGAGCCCCAUCAUAAUAUUAAAUAUUGAAUUGAUUUGAUUUUAUGUAUAUAGCCUAUUUAAUUUGUUUUAAUAUUUUUAUUUUUUCUUACGUUUUUUAUCAUAUUUUACUCAUGCAUACAUAUAUUUUACUAACAUAUUACUAACAUACUUUAUUCAUCCAAAAUUGUUCUGAUAUACCAUUGUUAGGUGCAAGCCUAUAUAUAUAUAUAUAUAUGUGUAUAUUAUAAAUGAAUAAAUAAAUAAAUUUAUAGGCUCUGUCUCUGCAUUAGGAGGUUAGAUGACACUGGAGCGCGAGUGGACGUUGGGUCGUUCAAAUGUCGCCAAAAUGUCACGAACUGAGUUUUCUAAUGAUUCAAUAGGCAUAUACUUUUAUCUUAUAAUUAUCAAAAACAAAUAACAAUAUUACAAUCAGUUAAAUAGAUAAUUAUUAUUAACCGUGAUUUUUUUUAACCUUAGAUCAUAUAUUAUAUUAUAUAUAUUGUAUUUUUACAUUUGAGUAUGGAUUUUUUUUUUUUUUUUUUAAUAAAUACAAUUAGAUAAUAGUUGUAUAUAAUUCAACCGUUUGAAAAUAAACUUAUACCUAUUUGGCUAUAUUUAUAUAUUUAUAUCGAUUGUGUAGUUCAAUAUAUUCGUAAAAUUAAUAUUUUAUGUGUUUUAAACUUGUAUUGUUAAACUCGUCCAUUCGACAUUUAUAUCGCAGGUAUUUUAACAUUUUAAAAUGUAAAAUCACAUGAAAUACAGUACAAUAUGCACGUCAUGAACCCAUCAUCACACUGUUUUAACAAGUACCUACAGUAGCUAAUGAUUUUAAUGAUAUCGUUAUUUGGGCGUAAUUAUUUUGUUACACAAAAUAUGUCGAAUUCGAUCGUAGCACCUAUUUACGUAAAAGUAUAAUAUUGUCUACUGCGAAAAAUGUAAUAUAAAAUGUAUAAGUAUCUUUGUUUUAUGCACUAUGUUGUAUACCUAUUUUGUUUUAAUAUUUUCUAAUGCAACCAUAGUAAUAUUUAUAAUGAAUUUAGAGUGUCCCGAAGUCUAUGAUUAUCGGUUGGUGCUUUCUUUAUCUGUGUGCAGUAAUUUGUAUAAUAUUUUCGUGUUAGAUGUUAAAAGUGAAUACGUUGUAUUGAUCGAUGAAGAAUCGUUUCUUGUAAAAUAUAUAAAUGCAUGAUACAUGUAUGUACGUUCAAGUUGUGUUGUGUCCAGUAUAACAAUACAUACAUUUACUCAUUUAAGAAGAAGGUACUUAUUUAAACUACUGGCUGUUUUUACGGGCGAAUAUAUGACAUUAUGACCGAAAUAUGACCGAAAACCCGACAAUACUGUAGGAAUAGCGUUUAACGGAUUUAAAUUUUGGAAACGUAUUGAUCAUUAUUAUGAUGACGUCGUGUUAUUAGGUUAUUUACUAGAAUACGUUGGUAUUCAUUUUAAUUAUUUUUAUCAUUAAGUAAAAGGCGAAAUAUUUUAAAAUUACAUUUUUGAAAUUUUCUAAAAAUUCAAUAAAUUUUUUUUACGAUUUCCAGUAAAUAAUUAAAUUUUUAUGUUUAAUAAUUAUCCUAUAGUAAAGAAAAUAAAAAAUCAUAAUUUAUCGAAUAUAAUUCCUACAGUUUUGACUUUUUUUAACUAUAAAUCGACUAAAUGUGUUGUUUUUAUAUUAAAUAUAAUUCAUAAAAUGAUUUGGCAAUUUGCAGUGAUCCGUACAACUUUUAAACUCUUAGCCGUCCAUGUAACUACAUAUUAUAUGAUAUAGAACAGUAGUAAAAUCAUGAUGGUAAAUGACAUUUGCGGUACAGUAUACGAAAUGUUGAAUUCUCUCCUUAAAAAGUGCAAUAAAUUAAUACAAGCGAAUUGAUUACGAUUACGCGAUAGACGAUUAUUACGUCAAUAUUAUGUAAAAUCAACCUUUAUAAUCGUUUUCAAUAAAUACUUGUAGUAUAAUGGUCAAGUCAAGACCUAUAUAAUAGGUAUCUAUAAUUAUGUUUGAAAUUCGGAAACGGAAUGCUUAUAGGGGUUAAUUAUAUAUUAUAAUAUUAGGUACUUACCUAAUUAUGCGAUUUACUAUCGGCGUGAACAAUAAUAGUUAUAACACGUUUACCAAGAAGGUAACCCGAGCGACCGCGGUAUAUACGGUAAUAAUUUGGCAAGGACCGGCGUGACCGCCGAUGGUUCACCGACCUCGACGCGUUGCCGCUAACGGCUCAGCGGAGAAGGCAACGGCGUCCUCUCGGAAACCGGCACUACGUUCGCGCGUAUAUAUAUAAUAUAAUAUAUUAUGUAAUCCACUUAAAUAUAAUAUUAUAAUAAAUAAAAAAAAAAAAGAACACCCGGCAGAGGCGUCCUUUCGACGUCCUUUGUAUUUUUUUGACCCGAUGUACAUUUAAUAUAAUAUUAUUAUAUAGGUGUAGAAUAACGUUUAUAAUAUUGCGAAUGCAAUUUUUUUUUUUUGCGCUAGCGGUCCAGGAAGUACCUAUUGAAUGCAAUGCCUCCUCCCGUCGUUAUAAGGCCUGUAUGUUAUUUUCGCUUCAAAAAAAAAAAAAAUCACCAAGUAACUCUACCCUCAUCUGUAUGACGAAUUUUUAUUGUAUUUUAACGACUCUCGACCGGUUAUUUCGUCAAUAUUUUUCGCCCCCUCCCUCUAACCAAUCCGUGCGUCUUUGUUGUAGUUUUGUGUUGCAUAUUUGUUUUUGUCGCGAACGGGUUUGUUUACGAUUAUUUUGGGGGAGUCUAUAGGAGAAGAAGAGGGAAGCUCGAUAUCGAAUAAAAGAAUCCGUCGAACCACCUGCGAAUCACACGCGGUGGUGAAAUGGUGAGGACAGCGACGGCGAUUGAGUAAACUAUACUUUACAGUAAUAAUAUUAGAAAUUAGAAUCCCUUAAAAACGUUUAUACGAUAGGUGGAUGCUGUUCUAUUAUUUUCGGAUGAUCUGGUUUGCGUUUUUUUAUUUUUUAUAAGUAGGUAUAGGUACCUACGCUAUGUUUUGAUUUAAAUUUUCUAAAUUCAUCAGUAUACUUAUUAUUUUUCAACUCAUUUUUGGGUUGACACUAACAAUUUUAAUAGGUGUUACUGCAGCGACUAUCGGAGAACGCCUGUUAAUUAUAGGCAAUUUUAUUUAUGUACAAUGCGUUGUUCCGAUUUUGUAUUAUAUAUUUUUGUUAUUUUUUACGUACAUAAUAUGCACUAAAUAUUUUAUUUUUUAUCGAUGUGUUCGUCGAUACACUCGAAAAUAACGAGUUCGCGCAUUCAUUCUGUUUAUUUAUUUUUGUACUACCAAACGAACAUCUGGAAUUCUUGAAAAAGCUGUAGUAAGUGUUGUACACGCGACGUAUGUUUACUCUGCGCACUCAGUUUUUAAUGUAAAAUUCGUAUUUACUAACCUACAUAUUUUUUUACACACGUGGGUAUAUUUUUUUAUUACCAACAGUGAUGUUCAACUCGUUAUAUUUUCUUUUUAAAUUAAAAUCUAUAUUAUAUAUAUAGAUACAAUUGUUUUUAGAUUUUGAAUCAGAUUUGAAAUACAUAAUAUUAUUAUAAUAGAUCUUUAAUAAUAAAAAAAAAAAACUAAUACAAUAUCAUAUUGUAUAGGUAGAAGGUACCUAUAAAGCUUAUAAAUGUAUUUAAGGGUUAAUAUUAUACGUAAUGGAUUGAUGUGAAUGUUUAAUAAUUAUUUGUUUUUACAAUGUGAUUUAUGCAUAAUUAUACAUACGUUUUUAAAAUAUAAUAUUAUUUUCAAGAAAAUUGCAGACUUUGCAAACUAUUUUAUCUAUAUCACGUGUACCUACGCUAAACGUAUUCAGCGUUAGAUUUAGUGAUUUUGGCCAAUCUUGCUCUACAUUUAACUAACUCGAUUAAUAAUGAAUUAUUUAUGGGAUGUAUUACCAUUAUCACCCAUCCAACAAUUUUUGGACGUGGUAAUUUUUUCCACCCUUCACUGAAUUUGCAAGUUUUAACCGAUCCCACAAACCUACGGGUCUAAGUACUAAAGUACUACGCUACUAUAUUAUGUAGAACUAAUUCACAGUCGAUUUUAUACGAAAAAGGCAUCAUGGAAUCCAAAAAAUGUAUAGGAAAAUAAUUAUGGUAGUAAAUAGUAAUACAAUAAUAAUAGAGUCUGAUGGUCAAUAAACCAUAGAAUAUAAUUGUCUACUAUUUUUGGUUUUUAUUUUUACAAGCAUCCGGAACAUCUCUUUCAUAUCGCAAAAUAUAGCAUUAUAUUAUUAUCGCCUAUAUCAGCGUCAAUGAUAACUAAACUAAAGGCCCUAUAUAUUUAGCAAAAAUAAAGGUACCCAUAUAUAUUUACCCACAAUUCGUGUAUUUUGAAAUAAUUAAAAUUUAUUAUGCGCCAAUAGCUUCGUAUUUUAUUGUAUUGAGUUUAUAUUAGUACACGGCAAUAACAAUAAUCUAGGAGACAGAGAUAUAUUCCCCCACAUUAUCUCAUAUUCCUUAAAUAUUUAUAAUAAUAGAUAUUAUAUAUUAUAUAAUAUAAAAAAUAAAAAGGUACCUAUAUAAAUAAUAAUAGUUCUUAAAACUUAUCUUUAUCCUCUCCCUCAUGACAGAAUCAUUUAAUCGUCACUGGUACACGACUUAUUUAUAUUUUAAGAAAUUAUAACGACAUUGUUCUAUCUUUUUAAAAAACUUUAUUAGCCAUAAUAUGAAUAGCUUUAUUUAUGAUGAUACUAUGUUUAUGUAAACUAUGAAUUUCGCAACAAAAGUUAUAAUCGUAAAAUAUAGAUGUAAUUGGUAUAUAUCAAUAUUAGUUCGUACUUAUAUUCUAAUGAUUUUACUAAAACUUACUUUAGAGAAAAUAAUAUUUAAAUAUUUCAAUAUUUGUAUACAAUUUAAUCUUCGCGAAUGAUUGUGGAACAAUAAAAAAGAAAAUCGUAGCAUUUUAUAAAAAUAUACAUUAUCUAUAUAUUACAGUAACUUAUUAUAAUAUUAUAUAUUUAAUAAAUAUUAGUUAUAUUUGAAUAUUUUGAUGUAUUUCGUGAUUAAGUAUUGUUUACAAUUUAUCGACUAUUACUCUUUACAAAUUAUAUUACAAUUAAUUACAAUUAAUUAUUACAUUAUUAUUAUUCAUUAUUCAUUUACACAUCAUUCGUUCAAAUUUAGUUGAAAACCAAAAGUUUCGCAUUUUCAUAUAAGUCAAAAUAAAAUGUAAAUGUCCUUUGUGAUAAAUGCUUUACUAUAAGUUUUUUUUUAUUAGCUACUAGUUGAAACUGUAGUUGUUAAUACCUAUCUUUUUUCAAUGCGAACUUUUAGGUGUACGGACUAUAAAACAACCUUUCUCAAUCUUUGGGUCAUAAUUCAUUUUUGGGGUACAAAUAAUUUUCAUUGGAGUGCUUCAACAUGUUCAAAAUUUAAAAAAAUAUAUUAUUAAAAUAAGAAAAAGAUGAAAAGCCAAAAAAAUCUUAACCUAUUUAUUAUUUUUAAAACAUGCGUAUACCCAUAAAAAAAAACCCAAGUCAACGAGUACUAUGGUACAUGCAUGUCAUAAUUUUGUCGUCAUUAGUAGCUGAUCGUAUUUUUUGAUUAAUUUACCCAGAAAGCAUAACUUGUGGAAAAGCAAAUAAAUCGCAAAAUCUUAAACAAAAUAACGUAAAUAAAAGUACUUACAACUAAUACAAUAAUAUUAUAUUUUUCAUGUUGAUAUGUAUUACAUUUUCUUAAUUCUAUGCAUUACAAAUAUUUAAAUUUAACAUUAACAUUACUAUUACACAAAAUCAUUUAAUAACCAAAUUUGAACAGUUCUUUUAAUGUCCAUAUAAUUAUACAUUAUAGUGGUGUUAGAAAUACUUUUCUUUAUGUCCAAAGGCAAAGAGUUAUACAUAACUGGACCCAGGUUAUCAACAAACCUCUGACCAAAUUGUUUAUUAGUAUACCUUCUAACUUUUCUUAAAUUUAAUAUGUAUUAAUUUAAAUGGUCCUCCCUUGAGUGAAUGAAAUCCUGAAUAAUAUAUUAAAAGUUGGAUAGUUAAUCACAAAACUGCCAAUGGCAAAAGAUUCAUAAUGGUUAACGUCACCACUAUUUUUAAUUCUUUAAAAAAAAAUUUGUUGAGUAUUCUUUAACUAAAUUAAAAUAAAUUUUUAAGUUGAUUUAUAUAACUAAUUUAAUAUUUGUGAUUUAUUAUUUCAUGGUUUUUUGAACAGCUAACUAAAACUAACUAAUAAUUUUUUAAUAUUAAUGAAAAAUUGUUUAGUCUUAGGAAAACAUUUUUGUUGGGGAUGUGGAGUAAAACCUUCCACGUACUUUUAUCCAUAUGGACGUGUACCCAAAAUGUAUGUACAGCAUACAAGAGAGCAUGCAUGCGAUGUCUUUGCAUGUAAGAGGUGUGAGAAGCUUAUAGCCUUCACCAUUAAAUUUUAACUUAAUUUAAUAAGAUGCGUGAACAAUUUUAUAAAUAUCUUGAGUAGCAUACGUAUGUACCCAAAAGUUGAAAACCGUUGUUAUAAAAGGUAUACUACAAAUAUAAUGCGUUCGUUUUUUAGUUAGGUGAUCAAAUAUAUUAUUGCAUUCAACGAUUAAUGUUAGGUACUUUAUAAAAAAAAAAAUAUUGAAAUUGUAUACUAAUAUCCCGAUAUUUGUGAAAUCUAUAAUUGUAUACAAACAUUAUAAAUUAAAAAUUAUCUUAUAAUUAUAUAAGUACAUAAUAAAUGUAAGAAUUGAACAAUAAUAUAAAAUCUAAAUAAACUAAAAAAAAAAAAUGAUUAAUAAAAUAUAGUUCGACGACAUUUGAUAAUAUAGCAAUUGACACAGAUUUAUUUUUUUUUCCAUACAGAGUGUAACAAGAAGAUCUGCUACUUGAAAUACUUCUGUUCUAUUCAAUUUUUUUAAAUAAUUACUAAUUAGUGUAUCUCUGCGCUACAGUUUAUAUAUGAAUAUUUUUUUUUUAAUUCAGAAUAGCCAUCUUGUAAAAUAAAUGUUUACACAAUUUUGGUGGUUGAAACUUGUUUACGAAUGAUUUUUUGAAGUUUUUACAAAUGUGGAUAUUAUUGUGAUUUUUAAUCUAUUACAAUAUUUAAUCAGUAGUCAGUGCAUAUCAAAUGACAAGGAUUUUCUUUUCCGUAUGUUAAUAUCAUACAAUAAUACUACUGAAUACUGAUUAAAUAAUCUUAAACAGAAGUUUCAAACACUAAAAAUUGUUUAAAAAUCUAUUUUACAAAAUAGCUAUUUUGAAUAUUUUUUUUUUUAAAUAAUAUUAAAAUUGAAAUUUUUUAUUUUAAGUACCCUACUACCUAAAAAAUUUAAAAUGUUCAUUUAUAAACUAUAACACAGACACAUACAAAUAAUUUAAAAAAAAAAAUGGAGUAGUACUAAAGUUAUUUUAAGUAGCAGUACUUCGUGUUACACUCUGUAUAUUUAUACAUAUAUACAUGUCGAUUGUACCUUAGUUUAAUGAUUUGAUUAGUUUUAAUUUUUGAAUGAUGAUUAUUAUUUAAUUUAUCGAAUCAAUAAAAUACUGAAAAUUUGCUAGCAAUAUUCUAUACUUAUUAUAUUAUAUUAGUAGUUUAUUGCCGUUUAUUGUCAUAAAACGUCUGAAUUUUAUGUACACUUAAUUAUAAUAUUACAAUUAAAACUUUCGUAGUUUAGAAAGUAUUGGAAUUUAAAAAUUAAUUUUUCGUCUUGAAAUAAUUUUUGAAUUAAAUAUUAUCAAUAAGUAAAAACUUUUGGUCGGUAUUACUUAUUUUAAAUACAAGUAUAUACGUAUAAAGGCUACAGAAAAUGUAAGUAUAAACAAAAAACAAACUAUAUGCCUACUUUUUAUUAUCAAUUGAAUAUUAAAAUCAAAAAGGUGAUAACAUUAUACUUAUUAAUCCUGUAUUAAAAAAGUUGUUUAGAAUAGCUAUUCAUUUCAUUUAUUUUCAUAUAUUAUUUAGAAUAGUUUCGUUCGGAUACAUAAUUUAUAAUAUGUUGUGAUAAUAACUUGUUUCAACUUUUUACCAAAAUACUAAUAAUAUACCUAUUUAAUUUGAUUUUAGUGAAAAAAAUGAUCCAAUGACUGAUUGUGCUGAAGGAUCCAGUGCCUGCCACCCUUUAGCUUCGUUACAAUUAGAUGUCGCUGUUGAUCGGUCGACGGAACGCCAGCCACCAGAGAAUCAGACGGAAGUGCCGACAUUGUUCAUAACGACGAAUGAAGAUGGCAUCGAGAAAAUAAUUGCUGGAGUCUGGCACGGAAAAGAUUGUACAUGUAUGUAUGCAGUUUAUAAAAAUAUAUAUACCCACACAUAUUGUUAGUUCCACUGAUUCCAAUGCAAAGUGCAUUUUUUUCCGGACGCUCAAGGACUAGGAUCUAUUAGCCAUUAAGACGAAUGGAAAACAAUAAGGCACAUAUAAUUCGGUUUAAUAAAAAAUUAUUUUGCAUUUUCCUCAGAGAUUUCCAUUUCGGGGUUAUUUUCAACGUGUUCAUUGCCCAUACCAUUUCAAUCUACCCUCUCGUGUUUCUUGGCAUACCAGCUAUAUAUGUAUAAUACAUUUAUAAUUCAUAAUUCAACAUUGCUAACCUAAACUGGUCACCCUCACACAACGUAUAUACUAUACUGUUUAAAUAAAGUUAUCAUCAAAUUUGCGCGGUAAAACUUAUUCUAAUCUCUUUCUUCACAUUAAUUUUUGCCUCGUAGAAUUUUAGAUUCCAAGUGUAGUGAGGAACGUUUUUACUAUGAUGUAUGAACAAAUUUUAACCAGAAAUCUUUCUCCAAUCAUCAAUUUCAGAAGUAGUUUUGAGUAGUAAAUUUUGUCUAGUUAGCUCAUUAGGGAGGCAAUUCUUUUGAUUUUUCAUGUAUUUUUCUUAAUAAUGGAAAGAAAAACGUCAAAAACCCGAGACUCACAAACUGUUUUUAUUUAUUUUGUUAUUUUGUUGUAAUUUAAUAUGGAAUAAUCUUAAAACCCAAAAACUUUUACCAAAUACUUAUAACAAAACUUUAUAGACGUAAUACAUUUUAAAAAUAUUUUAACCUUUUUUUAAAAUUAUUUUUAAACGUUUGAUUUUAUCAUAAAUUCUUAAAAAAAAAAAAUUGUGAUUUAUAAUUGUGUUAAUAACCUAAUACCGUUUUCAAUUUAAAUUUAAAUACAAUGUUUAACCGAACUUUUUUGUAAAUCGUUUUUCGUUUGAAAUGAUUUAUAGUUUUAUAAAUUAUAGGUAUACAAUUUUAUAAUUAAAUUACCCUAAAUAUUCUAACAUCCCAAUUUCCCACAUAACCUACUUACUAAUUCUGUACCCAGAGUAUAGAAACGAUGUACAAAAUACCCUCAAUGUUCUGGGUUUUUAUUGAUACUGUUUUUGUUUUUUUUUAAAGCGACCUGCUGCACUGACGUAUGUGCUUACAAAGAGUGGAGAUUGUCCGGUGACAAAUUGCUUUUGUACUGUUUCAAAAACUACGAUGAUAUGUUAGCUACAAGACCAGCGGUAUUAUUAUUAUUUGAUUAUUGGAAUUUACUCUAUAAUAAAUAUCAUAAUAUAACCUUUAUGCUAUAUACGAGUAUGUAUGUUAUUAUAUAAUUAAUUUUAAAUUUAAAUGGUUCGAUAAAAAUUAAAAAGUAAUAUAUAACUUUUUAUUCUUCCAUGAAGAAUUGUAUAAUUAUAAAACAUAAUAACAAUUUCUAUUAUAAAAUAAUGAUUCUAAUAUUAAACCAAAACUAACAUGCAGUGUUUGUUGCAAACAUGAUAAUUUCAGAUAUUCAACUUAGAUUUAUGCUUCCGCUUCAAUACCAAACAGACAUGUGUAAAACAUCCGCAAUUAGAAAACGCCAAUUGCUUCAUAUUUUUCGAAAUCAUCGCAGGUAAAGUGUGCAAAAAAAAAAUUGUCUUCCAAUCACCACCAUUGUUAUAACUUAGUAAAGUACCUACACAAAAUCGAUAAAGUUAACGUGCAGUUGUUGUUUAAACAGGGGACAUCCACAAAAACUGGAUGCAAGUUUUGCGUCGGUUAACGGAACUGUCGUCCAACUCCACACCGAAACAAUUACGCCGUUGGUCUCGGUCUGUUGAUGAACACGGCAACACCGCUCUUAUAGUGGGCGCCAAACGCCUUAUGAACUGCGGUCUGUUUAAACGCACCUUUCAGUUUGUGAGCAUGAUGUUAGCAUAUGGUAGCGAUGUAAACUGGUUGAACAACAGCGGUAGAUCAUUGAUCACGUACACUGUCCACUACAUGGACCAGGCACUCGAUAUCACUAAGCUUUUGUUAAACAGUGGUGCAACGAUUUGGCUUGAAGGUAAGCCACACAUCUAAUUAUAUACAUAACUAUAGGUUUACUUUUAUCGUUUUCUUCCAACUUACAUGAUACAAUAAUGAUCAUGUUAGAAUACUGUUGGAUUAUUUUAUUACAAAUGUAAGUGAUUAUCUACUAAGAUUUUUGAGUAAGGGUAGCAUUUUGAAAAUAUUUUAAAAUUAUGAUUACAAACGUAUAACGUAUAACGAUAUAACGUCGUAAAUAUAAUGUCUGCAAAAAUCCGAAAUAUAAUCUACUCAAAAUCUUUGUAGAUGAUCGCCCUAUAUAGGAUUAUUUUUUUUCCUUAUAUUAUUAAUUUCAAUAUUGUCUGCCAACAAAAUAAAUGUAAUAAUGCUGUCAUAGCUAUUAAAUCCCGUGUCGUCCCCGUGAGUAUUUUGAACAUUUAAACCCAUAUAUAUAUAUCAAAAAGGUAAAAUCACGUCUCUAAUAUUUUUAAUGCCUACAAUAUUUCGACGUAUUAACGUCCUUUCCCGAAUUGAUGAGUAAAAAAAAUAAUAGUUUGCUGCCCACGAAAACUUAAAGUUAUCUCGGUUGUAAAAUAUAAAAUAUGUCAAUACUAUUACCAAAUGUGAUUUAUGAGGAACACAUACACCUAGUCGAAUGAUAAAACAUUGUAUAGACAAAAACCCUCCCUAAUAAUGUUCAAGGUUUUCCAAUAACUGCAUAUUCGUCCAUUUAUCUUCAGUUUUAAUAAAUAAAUUCUUUACUUUCCAGUGAAUACGUAUACGGUUUUUUCCCAAAUUAUAGUCAUUGAUCAUAAAAAAAAUAUAUAUAUUUGUCAAAAACUUCUUAACAAUAAUAUUUCUUAUCUAUUUUUUUUUUCACAAUCGUUCAAUGACGAGUAGCUGUUAUGUUCUGAUUACGAGUGUUCAGAAAAUUGUAUUCAUAUAAACAUACAAGUAUUUUGUAUACUUACUUUUUUAUUUGGUUAGAGUUUUUUCAUAUAAAAAUGUAUAUAAUGAAUAAAGUUCUAGUAGUGGUCGACCAUAUCGAGUAUCGGCCCAUAAUUCAACAAGAUGGAUAGUUUAUCUUUAUAAUCGUCAACAGCCACGAGAUAAAUUAUAAUGGAUGAUGGUAAUUUUUCGCUCGCAUUCUAAAGGUUAUUCCUAUAUAGUAAUGUGAUCAAUCCAUUCAAUAUAUCAAGUAAAAUGAAACUGUCAAACCAUAUACAUGAUUUAUUCAGGCUUGCAAAAUUGUCGUUAUAAUUUCGGGAGAGGGCAAAUGUACAUGCCAGUUGAUACAACUAUAUAAUAUACGGUAUUUAGGUAUGCUUAAAAACUGAGAUAAAGAAAAUAAGUACUACACUUUUGGCCUAUGCCACUACUCGAUAUAUCUAAUUCCUCUAAAAAAAUAUGAUUUUUUUGUUACCCGGUCUAAUUGUAUGUAUUUAAUAUGUGUUCGCAACAGAUUGCAAUUCAGAGAAGAGACUCAACUACGUGAAAGUUCUUAAAGAAUACCGUAAUUCAAGUGAUUCGAGAAUGAGAUUCGUGUCCGAAGAUCCAAUAGAAAGUCCGCUAGACAGCAUAUUUACAUGGUUCCUACGGUCGGUGAUGAUUAGAAGGCGUUUGGACGAUGGUUGUUUGUGUACAUUGGAUCUACUCUCCCAGGUAUUAUUAUUAGUUUAUACUAUACCUAUUAUAUAAUACACUCCGGGUUAUACCAAUAAUCACAGCAGUCAUAUCAAUAAUAAUUAUCUUCAUCUUUUUGGCAUUCCAUACUCAGGAGUUUUUGCCUGUAUUACGAUCUCCCUACAUCAUUCGAAUUCGAGAUCUUAUGCCCAUUAGUUUCCUAUUCAGCACUGCUCUACUCAUACUUAUAAUUAUAUUAUCUAUUAUUUAUUAUACUACUAUUAAUUAAAUUAUUUUUUUACAAAAACGUUACAAAACGUUACAAAACAAAAGACUAUCUAUGAUUUUUGAAUUUAGUUUUAAAAUAUGUAAAAUAUGAAAAUGAUGACACAAAGCUCUAGUUAUUAUUAUAAACCGACAAAUUUAAAAAUUGAACAGUUCAAAAGUAAUUGCAUUUGUCACCAUGGAACAUUGUAUAAUAUUAAUAUUUAUUUAUUUGCAUGCAGACGAUGGGCGAUGAUCCUAGUAGAAUGCACACGCACGUUAUGCGCACCAUGUUCAGCCAUGCUCAAUGCUACAACAUAUUUGGACCGGUGUUCUUCCAGAUCAAAAAAGCGCUGUCACCUCAGUGGGUGCAACCACGUUCGUUGCAGCAGUUGUGCCGCAAAACUAUACGAUAUUCGUUGUUCAAUGGAUGCCUGAAAAACGCACAUCCCGAAUCAGUGGCCAAAUUAAAAUUGCCCACGACGUUGGAAUCUUACGUUUGCUACAACACAUAAAAACCUUCUGCUCCCGUUCCCACUCCACCGCUGUCGUGCUUCCGAGUUCCCCUACUCGACCUUCCCCACCCCGUGAAUUUCUCAGUCCGUUUAGUUUUCCCCUACGACGACACUUCCGAUUAAUUAAUAUAACAUAAUAAUAAUAAAAACCCAUAUUAUAAUAUCAGUGGUUUAGUUGUCCUAUAUACCGUUAACUGCUUAAAUCACACCAUUUCGGUCAUCCGCUAUAUUUUUAAAUCAAUUUGUUAAUUUUCCCAAAAAAUUAUUUGCACUAUUUUAGUUUUUAAAUAUUUUAUUAUAUAUUAUAAUCUUGCAUUUGAGUUACGUGUCUUUAUUAUAUUCGUAUAAAGCUUUUUGUUGUUAAACGUUUAAAUGUAAUAUUGAAUUUGAUUGGACGUGUUUAGGCCACUUUUAAAGAAUUUGUCCGUGUAUAAUCACCGAGUAUAUAUUUCAACAUUUUUGUUCUAUGGUUUAUCUACUGUUUCGAAAGGUCCUUUGCCAUAGUGCCACAAAUUAAUAAAAAUCCCUUAACAUAAUGUUUUGCCAAAUGAACACACAAUCGAGUUCUACACAUGACCAACGAUUUUACGUAUUGGUACUGUGUGUAUUCCACUAUGUAGAACAAAUGGUUCUUAAAAUAUUGUAUUCUGGUUUUUAUCGUGAAGAUUUUAUUUUCUGAAAGAUAUGGAGGAAAUGGAUAUAGAUAAGUGAAAAUAUUCAUGAUGAUGUCCAUUCAUAAUAUUUGUUCGUGUCCGCAGUCAUAUUGUUUCACUUCAACCGUGCAACCUAACCGUGGUACGAACUGUAAAUGAAAGGAGAAUCCCCUCUAAAUCAAUAAAAUUAUCCUUUUAGUCGACAAAUUAUCUUGUAAAGUUUCAAUUUUUUUAUGAAAAAUCCAAUCAGGUUUUAAAAAAAAAAAUUCACGAAGAAAACAAACUUUGCCCUUCUUCCAAUAAUUUUGGUCAUAUACUCGCCUCUGAUAGCUAUUAUAUACACCGAAAAAUUGUUGUGUAUAACAUUGUAGUCGUUAAAAGUAAUAUUUCUCUUAUGGGGUUGUAAAUUAUAUUUUAUCCAUGCCCGAAAAUUAUUGAAAGUUAUUGAUCAAUCGAGUAUAGUCGGACCUUACGCACGGUCGUUACUGUUACGAAAUUUUCUUGCCACAUAAUAUUACAUACUAUUAGCAUACUAAACCGUCAUAAAAAAAAAAAAAAUAUUUGUCUAUUUAUUUGUGUGAUAUAAUAAUAUUGUAUUUUCUAUAUGAAACGUAUUGAUGUGGUUUUCUAGAUUUUAGUAUCGUUUUAUUUUUUAAUGAUUGGAAAUUAGAUAAUUUUUAUAAUAACUCUAAAAUAUUAGAUACUUAAUAUUAUACGAAAUUAAUUUCAAAAAAAUUAAACAACGAUCCAGUUGUUUUUUAGAACUUUAUUAUUAAUAGUAAAAAUCAUAUAUUGAUUAUUAACGCAGCUUUUAAAUUAACAUCCGCUUACUUAACUUAUUUAUUUCAUUCGGAGAAUAUGUAUAUUACAUUUAUAUGUAAAUUACAGAAAAAUGAUUAUAAACACGUAUUUACGGUUGGGAGGAUAAGGAGUCUACAAUCUCCCCCCUCCAAAAUUUCGUGAAUAUGCACAAUAGGCGUUAUUAUAAUAUGUAGAAAAAUCCAUUAUAAAUCGUUAAUCUUUGACCGAGUACUAUUUUCAUGCGAGAACAAUAUUAUAAAAUUGCACUAUUAUCAUAUUACUAAGUAUAUACCUAUGUUUUAAGAAUAAUACUGCCUUUGGAGGCAUUUACGUUUUAUCUAUUUUUUAAUUUUUAAUUAAUUCCUAAUAUUUACUAUAUCAAAUUAUCUAUUUAUAAACAUUUUUUUUUAUAUAAUAUAUUUUAUAUGUAUUAUUUGCUAAUAAUAUUGAUACAAAAUAUGUGUUUAAAUGUAUGUGUGUUCGCGUGUGUGUGUAUUAUCUAGUCGCGAAGUAGGCGACCAAACCAAAGGGUAACCUUAAAUAUUUACAUAAUAAUAUAAUAAUAUUAUUUUCAAAUUUUAGACUAUAUCUACCAAGGUCGUUAUUUCAUCCUAUUUAUCAAUUUCAACCUAUUUUAACUAUAAUAUAUUUGU